AUGCCGCAUGUUGUAGAAGACUACUACGACAUGCCAGUUGAGCUACUGCCGAGUGCAAACUUUGCAGGACGGCCGACGAGUGACAUCGAUAUGCUGGCUGGACUCUGGGCGACGGCUGCUAGUUACUCGAAUUUUUCACCUUCCGAAGACGAAGCCGAUGGGAGUGGUCAUGACGACAACGACAGAGACAAUAAGGCCUCACCGCAACGGAGAGAUGAAUGCCGUGUAUCACCACCCCCACCAACGGAGACAAAGUCACAGGAAGAAAGACCGAGUACGACGAUUACAUUGCCCCCCACCGAUGACAUCAGGGUGAGCAGCGGUGUAGUAAGAGGCCUGGCUCGGGCGCGAUUGCGGAGAAAAGCGCACUCGGCGCCAUAUGGCAGUUUGGAAUCACGUGCUUCACCGCUGGUUGAAGCGGUUGAAGCGGUUGGAGAGAGGCGAGUAGGCGGUGUUGGUGGGCUAGGAUACUUUGAUACCAUUCGGAGAAAGCAAAACAACAGGGAGAAGGAUGGAGAGCAGAGGAGAAAGAAGCGGGUCCGGUCAUGUGACGUGGAGACGAGCCAACACAAGAGAGGGAUGAUGGGGGAAUUACUAGUAGCAGAUGCACAGGCACAAGGUAGCGGGGCAGCAAUUUCUCCUAGUGCAAAGCAAUCUCGCACGUCUUUGACGCAACAGACGCGCGUCGGGCCAAAGCGGCAAGGCAGGCAACUGGCAGCGCUCGACACGGACGUUGCAGGGUACGAAUUGAGCAGUAUCAGAGGAGGAGAUGGUAGGACAGCGGCAAGAGUAGCAGGGUCGCCAAGCUCGGUACUAUCGACACCCCAGGAAUUGUACGCGAUUGGCAAAGGGCAUGCCGCGAGUGAAACAUUAGGCAGUCCACAGGUGUGGUGUGCUCGGAACGACAACCCGGCCAAUAUCAUGGUGGUGGCCGACAAGAUGUGCUCGCCCGCGUCGCCUUCAAACAUGCGAUGGGGUGGGAAGAGUACAAUUACGCACUCAGACACAGACACGCAGCACAGGCGCAGCAGCGUUGACGUGGCUGACGGGCGGAUCAUCUAUGUGCCGGGGAGCAUGAUGCUUGUACGGGAGCCAGUAAGGCAGCGUAGAGACUCUGUUGCAACAGCAUUUGAUGCAUGCACGUUUGACAGCACCAAAUUAGCAUCCGAGGAGAAGCGUUACGCGGAGCUGGUGGGGCUCGAGGAGGAUGUGGUCACGUUCUUUGAAGAGCUGGGCGUUGUUGCAAAGGCGACUGAGGCUUCGCUGGACAGGUAUUGGCUGUGCAAUGGCAGCUGCAGCGUGAGUGUCGAGAAGGAGGGCCACGAUGACAAGGCAAGUCUAUCAAGCACAGCAAGCGUGGGCGUGGGCGAGGCAGAGUCGGAUAAGAGACAAGGCAGUCGAGUGUCGAGGUUCUCCUUCUCGUCGUCAGCGUCGUCAUGCUCGGCACCAGUGUCAUCGCAUCGACACAGGCGUAAGCGGAGCAGGCUGAUAGAGCUGCUGCUGUCGCCAGGAAUGCCUGGUGCGGUGUUUGUCAAUGCUCCUGCGAGCUAG